CACACUCGCUCUCUCGCACCGUUGCGGCGCCAUGGCCGCCGUCACGGCUGCGGCCGUCUCCCUUCGCUCCGCCACCACCGCCUCCACCCCGUCAAGCACCCCACACUCCCACUGCAGCUUCCCCUCCGCCGCAAGAACCACCGCCCGCCGCGGCCUAGUCAUCCGGGCGCAGGCCGUCUCCACGGACGCCGCACCGGUGAAAGCCAAGAAGGAGUCGAAGAAGCAGGACGAAGGGGUGGUGACGAACAAGUUCCGGCCCAAGGAGCCGUACGUGGGCAAGUGCCUGCUCAACACCAAGAUCACCGCCGACGACGCGCCCGGGGAGACGUGGCACAUGGUGUUCGGCCACGAGGGGGAGGUGCCCUACAAGGAAGGCCAGUCCAUCGGGAUCGUCGCCGACGGGGAGGACAAGAACGGCAAGCCGCACAAGCUCAGGCUCUACUCCAUCGCCAGCAGCGCGCUCGGCGACUUCGGGGACUCCAAGACCGUUUCGCUGUGCGUCAAGCGGCUGGUUUACACAAACGACCAGGGGGAGGUCGUCAAGGGAGUCUGCUCCAAUUUCCUGUGCGACCUCAAGCCUGGCGCUGAUGUCAACAUAACAGGACCAGUAGGCAAGGAAAUGCUCAUGCCUAAGGACCCCAAUGCCACUAUUAUCAUGCUUGCGACAGGGACUGGUAUCGCUCCGUUCCGGUCAUUCUUGUGGAAGAUGUUCUUUGAAAAGUAUGAAGACUACGAGUUCAAAGGCCUAGCAUGGCUCUUCUUGGGAGUUCCAACGAGCAGCUCUCUGCUCUACAAGGAGGAGUUUGGAAAGAUGAAGGCCAAGGCGCCAGAGAACUUCCGGGUGGACUAUGCCAUCAGCAGAGAGGAGACCAAUGCGCUAGGAGAGAAGAUGUACAUUCAGACGAGGAUGGCCGAGUACAAGGAUGAGUUGUGGGAGCUCCUGAAGAAGGACAACACCUAUGUCUACAUGUGUGGGUUGAAAGGCAUGGAGAAGGGUAUCGACGAAAUUAUGAUCCCAUUGGCUGCUAAAGAGGGAAUCGAUUGGUUGGAUUACAGGAAGCAACUGAAGAAGUCGGAGCAAUGGAAUGUCGAAGUCUACUGAUUCUUGUGUUUUUACUGCCAACAUUUUAUUGUGCAUAUGUACGCACCCUAUGCGUGCGAUCAAGAUGUACGUAUAUAAAGUAGAUACAGGUGUGUUUCUGACAUCUUUUCAUGUUUGUUUUCCCAAGAUCCAUACAUACACUACUAUAAGUACUAUUCCUUUCUGCUCA